CCCAACCAGCAUUGAGCCAGCGCCUUCGCAUGAGAGGAGACCCGUGCUCAGCAGUGGGACGUAUUGGGUUGAUGCUGAUGAGUUAUCUAUUGUUAUUUGUGUUGGAUUUCCAGGCAAUGGGAGCAAGCUCUCCUCUGCAGCCCAGAGAACAGCUAGCAGUUCACGACGCCAUGGCAUCAGCUAGGCAGCAAUUGCAGGCCACUGAACUUAGUGAUGCUUCACUGGCGCGGUGCAUAGAGGCGUCGGAUUCGCCGUUCCCUCACACAGAUCCUGAUUUGCUACUUUUGAAGGCAACCUCGGCAGCUAGCAUGCAAUGCCUUCUUCAAUGCUUGGGCAUUCUCCAUCGGCAGCAGCAAUACGCCACUGUCAACGUCACGGGAAAACUACCAGAAGAUUACCAUUAAAAAUUUCAAGCUGUUACAGAUGUUUAUUGGAGCUUAGAAUUGACUAUGUAAUAAUGUUUGAAAGUCGAGUUCGGAACUGAAUGAGAAGUACGGGAGAGCGGUGGUGAAGAUAAUGAUGAGUGAGCACUUAGACCAACAUACAAAAUGUUCACUGUUAAUAAAAAACUGCUGUAGAUUUUCGUUAUCAUGAUCACCAGCUGAUAUACAUUCGCACCUUUAUGUUAUGGCUUGUUUAUACGCAUUAAGUGACGACGUAAAACCAUAUUUUAACUUAAUUUUAAGUAGUCUAAUGUUUACACGUGUUUUAUUAUAGAUAUAAGUACUUUGACGAACUUCAAGUCACGCCUACCGGGGAACGCGCAGGGUGCGUGAGAGUCGGCUAUUUCGUCAAAAAAUAGAUUAGAUUCUAAUCCACUUAUCCAUCGAUGAUUACUUAACAGCUGUUAAGUGAUUGUUUACAAGCAUAAAUUAAGUUAAAAUUCAGUUAAUUAUUUCACUUAAUACCAUGUAAAAACCAGCCAUUAUAUCUUGUAAAAGAAGUUGGUACGCCUACUAAUGGCUAGAGUACAUAUAUCGUCGGUGUUUUGUAGAAAACUUUUUUUCUGAGUGUUUAAAUUUUUCACGACCUUUUAAAAUAAUUACGUCCUGUUUUAAAUUCAUUUUUAAAACUUGAACUGAAUUAAAACCAAAAGUGAAUUAAAAAAUGAAACCGACCCCAAAAGUUCGUGGUAUUUGCCAAGUUUUAUUGAAAUUGGUUACCGGAAGUGCGUGAAACCGAAAUCAUUCCUUAGUUUACCACCCUUACAGGUGAAAUAUUUUCUUAAAAUUUAAAUGGGACUUCAAAAUCGGUUUACAAAUUAUGAGUUAUCGCGUAACAUACAUAAAAAAAAUCGAAUUGAGAAUCCCUCUUUUUUUGAAGUAGGUUAAAAACAGGACGUAAAUAUUUUAAAACAGUCGUGUGUUAACGACUAACUAAUUGAAACAUGCGCCAGUGAAUAUCGUCAGAAAAAUUUUGUUGAAAUUAUCCCGUGUACAGCGUGACAUAACUGUUACGUAAACUGUCACUCCUCCCGCACCGCGCAGCUACCUCAGGAACCGACUCAGUUAAGCGGUAGGCCUUAGAGGAGUUGCCCUACUUGCUUUCUCGUCAGUCACUGACAGCAGACGACGAUAAAUUAGCUAUAGUCUGUCUUUUUUGAAGACGGAGUAAAAUGAUAGUUCAUUGCGCAAAAGUGUUGCCCGCUCGUGAACAGCUAGUGAUUGCCGUCAGUAAACAUUCUGUCGACUAUCGACUGAAUGUUGGUCACGCUUAUGCAAUAAAUAGGCCGAGCUUGUUUUAUUAUAAUCAUCCUCGACCCAUUAUUCAUCCAAUCAUUGGGCACGAGUUCAUUUGAAUUGUCGAUUUUUGUAAAUUCAUACAUAGGUACAAAUACAAUGUAUUUAGAAAUGUUUAUGAAAAUACUCUCAGUGCGGAGUACUUAAAAAAACCGACCUCGAAAGUACGUGGAAUUACGUCUAUUUGCCCAGUUUUAUUGAAAUAUCCCCUUGUUCGCCACUAGAUAGGACUUGACACAGAUAAUAAAAAUCGGUUCUCGCUACUCAAAGUAUAUUGAGAGAGAAAAACGCCUUGGAUUGGAUAAUAGCAAAAUCAACCAUUAAAAUAAUUGCUCCUUAUAAUAAAAUUUAGGCGCUAUUUAUUAAAAUGAAUCUUCAUGCGUGAAUGAAUCUUUAGGCGCGGUGUAGUGUGUUAAUAGCCAUAGAGGUAGAUGAUUUUCUUCAAAACCACUAUGGAGGUACCCUCUUUCCAACAAAAAAAGAAUCAUGAA